AUGGCCCUCUACGGCACCUCCGAUGCAUUAAUGUGCUGGGCAUUCCCGACCACCCUGAGGGGACUGGCGCGAGCAUGGUUCAACCGGCUACGUCGAUCCUCGAGGCCACCUCAGACGCUAUCUCAGGGAACCCCAGGAAGUGACACUCUGCACCCCAAGGAACCCGUCGAAAGACAAAUCGACAUUAUCUCCGGGGGUCCUGCGACCGGUGGCAACAGCUCUACAACGAGAAAAGCCUAUACUAGUAGCACGAUCGAGAAGCAUCCCCGGCCUGAUCUUGAGCCUGAAAUCACCUUCAGGGCUGGAGAAGUCGAGCACUCCCACCAUAAUGAUGCAUUGAUGAUCUCCAUCCAGGUCACCAAUGCUCAAGUAAAAAGGGUGAUGGUCGACGCCGGGAGCUUCGCCGACGUUCUUUACUUCGACGCCUUCAGAAGGCUAGGCUUGACCGAGGGAGAUCUCACUCCCAUGGUGUCAGCACUCACAGGAUUCACGGGGGAUUCUAUAUCCCUGCUCGGGACUAUGGCCCUCCCUGUCACCAUUGGGGAGAAACCGAGAGUGAAGACAAUGAUACCCACGUUUAUGGUGGUCAAUUUGCCCUCGGCUGACAACAUCAUCCUCGGUCGACCGACGCUGAACAAGUUAAAGGUGGUGGUUUCCACUUACCACCGGGCCAUUAAGUUUCUGACCUCGGUGGGGAUCGGGGAGGCCCGAAGCGACCCGGGGGAGUCAAGGCGGUGCUAUCUCACGGCGGUUAUUCUCCUGGGAAAAUUGCACCCCGCUUAG